AUGACAGAGACAUCACGGGAUCCUGAAGUGGCUGAUUCAGAAAAUCCCGACAACGGUAGGACAGCAUUGAAUCUGACUUGCUCGACGACUAAUAAGAGCAAACCUCUUCCGGAUCGCGGAACAUGGAGCACCAAAUUGGACUUCAUCCUCAGUGUGGUCGGCUUGGCGAUCGGUCUCGGCAACGUCUGGCGAUUUCCGUACCUCUGCUAUAAGAAUGGCGGUGGUGCCUUCCUCAUCCCUUAUUUCUUGACGUUGUUCCUCGCUGGUAUACCCAUGUUCUUCAUGGAACUGGCCCUCGGUCAAAUGCUCACGGUGGGCGGCCUCGGAGUCUUCAAGAUAGCUCCCCUCUUCAAGGGUAUCGGUUACGCCGCGGCCGUCAUGUCCUGCUGGAUGAACGUCUACUACAUCGUCAUUCUGGCUUGGGCGAUUUUCUAUUUUUUCAUGUCGAUGCGCAGCGAGCUGCCCUGGGGAAGCUGCAACAACUACUGGAACACCAAGAACUGCGUGAAUCCUUACGACAGAAGCUCGUUGAUCUGCUGGCAGAUCUCGACGAGAAACCACAGCGUCGUCAAAAUGUGCACGGUCAAUCAGCUUAACCUGACGGUGACCGAGCUGACGGAUCCUGUGAAGGAGUUUUGGGAACGUCGAGCGUUGCAGAUCAGCGAGGGCGUGGAACACGUGGGCAACAUCCGAUGGGAAUUGGCGGGCACGCUGUUACUGGUGUGGAUACUCUGUUACUUUUGCAUCUGGAAGGGCGUCAAGUGGACCGGCAAAGUCGUUUACUUCACCUCUCUCUUCCCAUACGUGCUGCUUACCAUUCUCCUGAUCCGCGGCAUUACACUGCCCGGCGCGAUGGAGGGCAUUCGCUUCUAUAUCAGUCCAAACCUGUCCAAGCUCCGGGAAUCCGAAGUGUGGAUCGACGCAGUGACGCAGAUCUUCUUCUCAUACGGUCUCGGCCUCGGCACCCUCGUGGCCCUCGGCAGCUACAACAAAUUCACCAAUAAUGUUUACAAAGACGCGCUGAUAGUCUGCUCGGUGAAUUCAUCCACCAGUAUGUUCGCAGGCUUCGUGAUAUUCUCGGUGGUGGGUUUCAUGGCGCACGAGCAGCAGAAGCCGGUCGCCGAAGUAGCCGCUUCUGGGCCGGGUUUGGCUUUCCUCGCUUAUCCCUCGGCGGUCCUUCAAUUACCAGGCGCACCGCUCUGGUCGUGCUUGUUCUUCUUCAUGUUACUGCUCAUCGGACUUGAUUCCCAAUUCUGCACCAUGGAGGGCUUCAUCACGGCCAUGGUGGACGAGUGGCCUCAACUGUUACGUCGCCGCAAAGAGCUCUUUAUUGCCAUAGUAUGCGCCCUGUCCUAUCUGAUCGGAUUGUCGUGCAUCUCUCAAGGUGGCAUGUACGUCUUCCAGAUUCUCGACUCGUACGCCGUCUCCGGCUUCUGCCUGCUGUUCCUCAUCUUCUUCGAGUGCAUAUCGAUCAGCUGGGCGUUCGGCGUGAAUCGGUUUUACGACGCUUUGCGCGAUAUGAUAGGAUAUUAUCCUCUUACGUGGUGGAAAUUCUGCUGGACGGUGACCACGCCGAUGAUCUGCGUUGGCGUGUUCGUCUUCAACUUGGUUCAGUGGACACCCGUGAAGUAUUUGGACUAUGAAUAUCCCUGGUGGUCGCAUAUAUUAGGCUGGUUCACGGCGCUAUCCUCUAUGCUCUGUAUACCCGGAUACAUGGUCUACGCUUGGAUGACUACGCCGGGCGACAAUAGUACGAAAUACAAAUUGCUGAUCCAAAUAGAGGAUGAUGUCGCGACUCUACGGACGAAGAUGGGUCAGCCGCCGGUCGAACUAUCGCCCCUAUAAUUUUUGCUUCGAUCGGCAGCAAGCUCGUAUAGUUCGAUGAUAUAGUUGUCUAUCAUGACCUUGUAAGAACGGGUGGGAACAGGAAUUUAUUCUGUAAAGUCGUGAACUCUCGAGCUCUGAAGAUUGGAGAGUAACCCGGAGAUUUUCAAAUCGCUUCCAUUCUUAUUCCGUUCUUUCGUACACAUUUUCAAUUCCCUUGACGAAACUGAAUUAUUCAAUUUCUUUAAUCAGAAUCAUGUACAUUAGAUACUUAAUUGUAUCGCUAUGUAUCAUUCCGCCGAAAAAUUAACAGAUUAUUUAUACAAGGUUCAGAAGAAUACGAAGUAAGUGCUGGAUCAUGCUGGACAGGAAUAGAAGCGAUCCGAUCGUUUCUAAACCGACUUCCGGCGUGGGAGACUCGGAAUAUGAUUUUAGAGAACGAAUUCCUGUCAGUUCCCCAGAGUCUUGCUGUUUGCAAGAUACGAUCACGCGGCCGCGAUAGGUCCGUCGAAGUCCGUCGUGUCCUUGAUUGACGCGCGACUCGACGCGAGGCGGAGAGCCAGCAAUCAAAUGAAUGCCGGAAACGUGCCCGACACUGCCCUCGGCCUCCCACACCCUCUCGAAAAAGAAAAAGCUUCGCUGGCUUUGUACAUAAAUUAUUUAUUUGUCAUCGUAGCGAUAUUAUCGUUAAUCUGUCCGCGCACAUCGCGACAGCUCUAGAGGUGGUUCGCACUUACGUGUCACGUACUUUCGUGCCAGUUUAAUGUCGCAUCACGCGCUAAGUGCAGCCACGUCUGCCCUCGAAGAUGUAUCGUAAAACUCGUCAAACUCGAAGCAAACCGUCAUAGGUGAGACCGCCGAAUCUGGCGCCGUCGAAACGCGCACCAAGAGAACCGAAUUCCUCACGACACCUGCUGGUAUCGAACUUGACGAUUCGAUCGUAGGAUUCGAUUCGAAGGGACUUCCACCAGGCUUCCUUCCUUCCGCAACAUGUAAUUCUAUCGUCAUCGCGAGAGUUGUCGCUAGCGCGUUGCAAGUACAACAACAACGUAGCUGUUAGUCGUAAAUUGAAAGCCGCCGUUGAAAAGCGACGGCCGAGUUUUCCAUCGCCGCUCACGAGCGGUUCGUAUCGUAUAAAUGUACCGGGUGCUCUCCGGGUCCGCUAUCCAGUAAGCAAGAAACAUUAACAACGAUCUUUUCAAAUCAAAACAUCGAUUUUAUGUGGAUUUUAUUAAUAUUUUAACAUCAUAUUUUAUCAACGUUUUUUAAACUGUUACUUGAUAAUAAACUUUUAAAUAUUAAAAUUAUGAUGUGUAGAAACAUCAUUUUUUAUGUUUCGGUCAAAUAUUGUCAACAGUAACGUUGUACAUAACAUUAAGAACUACAUAUUUGAAAACAUUACAUGGUUUAAAAUAUCAUUGUAAUAACUUUAUGUUAACGGUUCCUCGCUUACUGGGUAUCCUGCCGUUCACGACGGAGCGGACGGUCCGGCCCUGUGUACGCAUAUUUAUGCUGCCAUAAAUAUUAUAAAUAGGCGUGUUUUAUUAUCGCAUCGCUCUUAUAUUUAAAUAGCUAGCUACCUAAUUUAUUUCGUGUACCUGUCGUUAGAUCUGUGGCGUCGGCGGAGCAGUAGUAGCGAGGAAACACGCGACCAAGCGUUCGAUGGAAACGUUGCACAGCAUCGUAGUAAAAUUACACGAGCGAGAAAGGCGUGAAACGAGUCCGAACACAAGCGACAAUGGCGCGGGGGGAUUCGAGUGAAAUAGAAAAAAUAUAAUUUCGAUCUUGUUUAUCGCCAUUUGUACAUAAUACAUCUCUCACUCGACGUUCGCACGAAAUGUUCGCAGUGAAAUGUAUCGUACGCAAAUAUCGUAUUAAAUUUCCUUCACAACGUUAUGGAAUUAUGUAUUUUUUAUUUCACUGUCGUGUGUCUGUAGCGUGAGACGCGACAUAAAGUGUGUGUAUACGUAAGCACACGCACACAUGCGAAUGACAAAAAUAUUGAAAGACAUACGUUUGAACGCACCUCGUUGAUUGCAGCGUAAGUUUAACGCUUAGUGCGCGAUAAUAGAGAGACGUGGUAUAUAUAUAUAUAAUAUAAAUAGGAAUGUCUAUAUAAUAUUGGAAUUAUUUAUUGUUAGCGCUAACGAUCCCGAUUCACAUUGUAUUUUAUUUUGUUUUACCGAUAGUACAAACCAAUAAAAAUUUCAAGUGUA